CGUGGCGCCACUAAUACAGCUGUUAUGAAUGAGGUUAUGUAGCACAUGGUAUACGAUCAACAGAUAUUGUUGAGACAAUAGUGAUUUUUUCAGUGAAUAUAAAAAGGAUCACACAAUUAGCCUUAAAAUGUCCUCGUGGAAGAAAGCUGGAAAGGUAGGCCAGAAAACUCACCGGGAACGUCAUCAACCAGAAGCCCGCAGACACCUGGGCUUGUUGGAAAAGAAGAAGGACUAUGUCGCCAGAGCUAAGGAUUUCCAGGAGAAGCAGGCGACGAUCAAGCUUCUGCGGAAGCGUGCACUCAACAAAAAUCCGGAUGAGUUCCAUUUUCAUAUGAUCAAUUCCAAAUUGGAGAAUGGCGUACACAAAGAAAAGAAGCAGGCAGAACACACACCCGAGCAAAUCAAGCUAAUGGAGACACAGGAUAUCAAAUAUAUAGCAUAUAGAAAACAUCUUGAGUCAAGGAAGAUAAACAAGUUACAGAGCGAAUUACACAUGAUCGACACAGCUAAUGAGACGAAGAAUCAACACAUCUUCUUCGUAGAUAACAAUGAGGAGAUGAAGAAUUUCGACCUAGCUAAGAAAUUGGACACUCAUCCUGCAUUGCUAUCCAGACGAAUCAAUCGACCAAGAAUGAGCCAGCUGAGCAAGAUGAAGCUGCCAGAAUUAGAUGAGAAGGCUAUGGCCAAACUCCAGCAGAAGAAUCACAUGUCUUAUACAGAACUCGCCAAGAGGCUCGAUAGAGAACGCGAAUUAACGAUCGUGCAACAAAAAUUGGAAAUGCGUACUGCACUGAAGGACCAAAAGAUCACAAAGCCAAAAUGUAUAAAGCCUGGUACAAAGGUUUCUGCUCCUAUCUAUAAAUGGAAAUAUGAGAGAAAACGAUGACUUAUGAUGUUGGCGGUGAAGCUGAGCUCUUUGGGGUCGUACGUGACAUUCACAUAAGUCUUCUGGUUCCACGUAUUUUACAAAAUUCUCGAGCAACACUCGCAGACACUAUUGGCACAGUGGCAAGAUCCUUGUCUGCUCGCAAUGACUGUUAUUUUCUGAUCUUGAAGAAUUCGCACUGUUGGAUAUAUGUACAAUAUCAAUUAUGAAGGAGAGUACGAUGAGUCCAUUUUAAUUUAAAUAGCGACUUUAAUUUAGAUAAAUGGAAUAUUUUUCUUCUUUUAUCAGUUUUGAUUCCUAUUAAUUAAAAAAAAAAUGCAUACAUUUUCAGAAACGACGUAUGUAUAUA